GUUAAGAUGCGUAAACAAAGUCCAAAUAUAGAUAACAUGUGUGACAUCCAACUGCUGUCUAUUUCAGACUUCAGUUAGAUAUGGAGAAGCUGACAGACAAGUUAUCGCACACGAAUCUCCUGAGCCCGAAGGAGUGCGCCUUAAUAGUGCGGCGGACGCUGCAAUUGCCGGAGGAUGAAAAUCUGCAGUUGUUGGAGUAUUGGAUAGAGCCGGGUUCCAGUGAACUCAUUGGCUUUAUGGGUGACUAUUACAAGCUGUAUGUCAGGGUUAAGCAGAAGCAAGAACAUAAUCUGCAAUACUUUAUUAAGAGCUUGCCGCUAAACAAUGCGCCGCAUAGAGACGAAUGUGAGCGUAAAGGAUUUUUCCGCAAAGAGAGGGCUAUCUAUGGAGAGAUAUUGCCCAAGAUUCAAAAAUAUGCAAGUGGAAAACUUUGUGCCAAAUCUUACUAUACUCGUUCGGAUCUCAUGGUAUUGGAAGAUCUUUCGUAUACUUAUCGUCAAAUAAGGGCUGAUGAGAGCUACACCUUGCAACAUUUGAAAGUGGUAUUGGCCCAACAAGCGGAGUUACAUGCGGCGAGCAUAGCUUGGGAACAAGCCGAAGGGUUCAGCAUAGGUGAGCGUUACAAGGAUGUGCUGUUCGAGCUUCACAUAACCACCAGCAAUGAAUGGUAUAUGGCCGGAGUUAAGGGUAUUAUCUAUUUGGCUAAGCGACAUGAGAAAUUUCAAACAUCGCUGGCUCAGGAUUUCAUAAGCAAUAAGCUCUAUGGAUUACUCUGCAAGGCCGAAGAGAUAGCGGGACCAUCAAAGACCUUACGAAACGUGCUCUGCCAUAGAGAUACGUGGGAUCGCAAUAUUUUCUUCAAGUUUGCGAAGGAUUCCAGCAUACCCGACACCUGCUGCUUUGUGGACUUUCAGCUAACCACGUACUCCCCACCCACACUUGAUGUCCUAUUUAUGCUUUACAUUAUUCCCACUGCAGGCAUGAGGCGCCAGAUAUACGAUGCGUGUUUGGAGCACUAUUUCCAGUGCUUGCAAUCACAAUUCGCUAGGCUUCAAAUAGCAGCCGACACUAUGAGUCGUCAAGACUUUCUGGAGCAUUGCAAGAUUGCCCGAGUUGCUGCCUUAAUCCUGUGGGCGCUUUGCGAGCCGCUCUUGAAAAUGCCGGAGGGUUUGAGCAAAAAGUUUCGCACUGAGGAGCCAGAUAGGUUUGAUUUUUAUUUGAACAGUGAUCGCAGUGGAUUGCUCGAACGCGUCAUGGAAUUACAUCCGGAAUAUAAGUCAGCAGUUAUGGCGCCCAUAGGUGAAUUGUUGGAAUACCUAAUGGAGACUGAGGAUCUCUUUAAGUUGUAAAUUUCCAAGCAAAUUUGAAUGCGACUCUACAAUUUAUUUUAAUCUAUUACAUUUGUAUUAGCCAAGAAUAAAAACCAAAGUUAUAUUCAA